UCUUACCCCGUGAACACACGCGAGUGCUUUCACCCCACACCAUUGCAUAACUUGAAAUCAUUUUUUCGCGCUCACGGAAGAACAUUUCAUCAUUGAAAUUAGGAUUUCUUGCUUGACGUUCAUGUCAUUAUUUGGUAGAUCCAAUGCUUGAUUGGGAUUCGUUUUGUUCUCAUCCAGAUCAACAAGUCGUUUGAGAAGUGGGAUGUGAUUUGCAUCUGGACAUUGCUGGGACAGUUGCAAUUUAUAGUAGUCGGGUGAUGUGUGAGGCGAAACGGGAAUCUUCUUCACGUAGGAAACCGGGUUGGCUAUCAUGAAUAAGCUUGCUGGGUUGCCGCUGCUUUUGGCCCUAAUAGCAGCUUUAGGGAUUUCGGAUGCACGCCAUUCAAGGAGACGAGGGUUUCUGCCAGAAUCGCAGUAUGCAAAAGUUCAAAAGGAUCUAAUUGCGGAAUUGAGCCGGGGUGGCAGUAGGUUACAUGCUGGACCGAAUUCGAUCCGGUCAGGUCCGGAGAUCAGCAAGCUACAAAACCGGUUGUUUCUGAGCCCUAAUUACACCCUAGUGGAGGCGCAAACCCGGACAACAGCUGCGCUCCAUUGUGAAGUACAGGACAUUGGCAAUUGCACGGUGACGUGGAAAAGGAUCAAAGACUACCAGAUACUUACGUUCGGACUGUUGACUUACAGCAGCGAUAAUAGGUUCUUUGCUAGGAAUGGAAAAGGCAGCAAGGACUGGUCAUUGCAUAUACGCUACGUGGAUAAAGGUGACGCAGGGAUCUACGAAUGUCAGGUGUCAUCGCAUCCGCCAUCUAGUAUUUUCGUUGAACUAAAAUUAGUCGAGGCACACGCUGAGAUCGUUGGUGGUUCGGAUAAGAUCGUGAAGUCAGGAUCUCCUCUGCUCUUGACCUGUGUCCUGCAGAAAUCCACUGAAGUCCCGGAGUACAUCUUCUGGUACCAUGGACAGAGAAUGAUAAACUACGAUCUAGGUGGAGGAGCUGCCGUCAGGCACGGAAGACAUGGCAGCGAGUUACUUAUACCCAGUGCAGAAAUCCGACAUUCAGGGAAUUACUCCUGUGUCCCUUCGAACGCCCGUCCAGAUAGUGUCAAUGUUCACGUCCUGCAUAGUGAGAAACCAGCGGCCAUGCAGCAUGGAAGCAAAAGCUCCCAAGGAGCAAGCAGAAGCUGCCCGAUCGUGCUCUUGCUGGCCCUAUAUUCGCUGUUAUCGAGCAGGACGUGAUGAUACUUCUAAAACGAAUAUUCCCAAAGACAUCGAGGGAACCCAACAUAAUGAAUCGCAAAGACUGCUACAGAAUAUAUAUUAUACGAUGAGUCAGUUUGUAUGUAGCUGAUCUUCAUUAUAACAUAACUUAAUAACGUAUUCAACGUAUAACGUAUUUAUUUCAAUAUGAUGAUCAGCAAUUGUACAUAAUUCAACAGUCCCAAAUCGGUGUUUGCAUGUAGAGUGUUUACUAUAUUUUAUAAUGUGCAGUAUUGGCCAUAAAAUAAACAUAAUUAGUUAGAACAAAUGAAAAUAAUUCACUCACAUAACAGUGUAUACAGUUUGGUAAGAUUAUAUUGAAAUGUUAUAAAUUCACCAAUUUAGAAAAAAAUAUCAAUUUACAUAAAUCUCUUGUUAUACUAUGAACUUGCAAUUACAAAUUGAGGUCUAAAUAUCAAGAAAAAUAUUAUCAAUAAAUUUUUAUUUUAUAAUUUUUAUUGGCCAAAACUUUAUU